GUAUGUUCGUUAUGGAAACAGCACGAUUGCAGAAUUUUUGUUGUAAUAAUGAAUAAUUUUAUAAUUAUGAAUAAGUUAUAAUUACCUUCAGCCUCGAUCCCAAUGUCUCCGUAUUUGCAGUCUAGCACGCAUCCGCUCAUCCAUGUACACGCCAUCGAUGAACGAAUAUUUUUCACUAUAAUGAUCUUAACCAUUUUUAACAACUAAUUUCUGCUAAAACUGCACUGCAAACACUUUAUGAUGUGGUUUGACAUGCAAUACAACAAUUCCUUUAAUGACUUAGAGGCACGUAAUAUGCAACCUAGUAUUGCGAUUAUUAACGAAUUCGAAAUGGUAGCUCAGAUGAUUAAGAUCAAAUUUUAUUCUCUUCACUGUUGUUUAAAUACAAGCAUCGGUAUGAAUAAGAGCAUAAAACAUAAAAACUUUCAAAAAAGGGAAAAUUGCUUUAUUUUCAAACCAAAACAUUGUUUUUGUAUUAUUACCAAUAUUAUUUAUUUUUAUAACCGGACUGUUUUGGCAACCCUGAAUUUAUCGCGUCGACGACGUAAAUGUAAACAAACAUAAGUGAAAAAUCUGGCUGAUUGUGCACAAGCAAAAAUGUUCGGGGUAGCACAAUUUAUGGAAAACGGCAGACUGCAGGUGCUGGCAGUACCCAUGAGUUGGAUACGCAAAGGGCUUUUGAUGUGGCCGAAAAGCUUGAGCAACGACAAAAUUGACAAGAUGCGGAAGGAAGGAACCGCUUUCAAUGGCGCAACCAAAGGAAUUCCGGUGCUAGUGACCAGAAAGUUUCGCAGUUUCCAAGCAGCGGAGAGUUCCGUAGAGGAGCUUUCGAAAAAGGAUGUAUCGGACUUCGAGGGCAAGAAGAAGCUUUUGAAAUCCAACCAGAAGAAAAGGUCCGAGCAGAAACGGAACGAUUACAAUGAGCUCUGCACAGGUAAAUCAAAUUUAGAAUCUCCUAUCUCUGUUUCUAUAUCCAUAAACUGUUCAUUUUCAGCGAUCGCACACAAAAAACGAGUGAACAGUACAGUAACACCACCCGCCGGUGCGUCAAAAGUUGUUCCUCAGUUAAAUUUGCCUCCACCAGUGGAACAGUUCGAACCGAGGCGCGGCUCACCGGAACUAAGUAAUCAGGAUCAGGAGUCAUCUGCACAUGUAAGAGUACCGCACGGUGAUUCAUCACCAGUAGCGUCAUCGUCAAAAACUCCUCCACUGGAAGCACGGACACCACGUAGUACUGUGCUUGAACCAUCCAAAUCAGCGGGAAUAAUUGAAGCUCAGAACAACAUCGUUAUGCUACCGUGCCUUGGAUCCGUAACAUCAUUUGGUAAUCAGGGAACAAUUAUGGAACGCGAGCAGGAAUUGGUGGAAUGGAUGCCUGAAGAGAUCCAAGUGAAGGCUUUGGAAAUCACAGAUGCUUACGGUGUUGAUUAGACCGGCCCACAUUUGUAUGAGACGAAAAAAAGUUUUCAAAAUUCACGGGGCACCCUCUAGAAUCGUGCCUUUGCAUGAGAAGAACAAUCUGUGAAAGAUUCAGCUCAAUCGGUUAAAAAAUGAGCUGGCGCAAAUGAGUUGAAGGUUUGUAUGGGAUGUUCAGUCGAAAUAUAUGGGAAAUAGGAUGACCUCCAGUCUCUCAUUCAGCACGCCGGUUUGGCGAGUCCGAUUUCGCUCAGAAUUGAAUGAAUGAUAGUUGAGACCCUGAGGAACAACUUUGUUGAAGACCAUACCAUGAUAAAACUUAAUUUAGUUACGGUUUCAGCUAACGAAAGCAGAGUGAGGACAACUUCCUCCGUUUACUCUCGGUUGUUUUAUGCAGCACGUGUUUGCCGUUCGACACCUGCACACUACAUCAUAGGCGGCUAUGUUGUCUUUCAUUAUUUCCAUUGCUCACGCACGUGAAUGGGUAUCGACACGUAUCGAGACAAUGAAGAAUUGCAAAGCUGCCUAUGAUGUAGGGCGCAAGCUUCGACCGACAAACACGUGCUGUAUAUAACAACUGAGAGUAAAUGGGGGGAAAUGUCCUCACCAUGCUUUCGUUAGCUGAAACCGCAACCAAAUUAAGUUUUAUCAUGAUAUGAUCUUCUACAAAGAUGUUCCUUAAGGUCCCAACUACCAUUCGUUCAAUUCUGAGCCAAAUCAAACUCGCCAAACCAACGUGCUGAAUAAGAGACUGGAGGUCAUCCAAUUUCCCGUAUAUUUCGACUGAACAUCCCAUACAAACCAUCAACUCAUUUGCGCCAGCUCAUUUUUUAACCGAUUGAGCUGAAUCUUUCACAGAUUGUUCUUCUCAUUCAAAGGCACGAUUCUAGAGAGUGCCCCGUGGAAUUUUUCGACAUUUUUGUGUUUGGGCCAGUCUAGUGUUGAUCAUGGCACUCCACAUUUUGAAGCUCUGUCGAAUAUGGAUUACACAGGUGUACAGGAUGGAACAAACGGAUACCAUUACCGACUUGGAUGCAUUGAUUAAAAAAAAUAUCGUUGAUGCUGUCAAUGAGAUUGUGCCUAUCGCCAUUGAGAAGUACCUCGACGCAAACAUCGAUAGGGUUGUAGAACGUGCGGUUUCAGCAGCGGUGGAUAAAAGUUUUGCGAUGAAUUUCGCUCGACUUACUGCAAUGA